AUGAUCGUCAGGGCCGGUCACUUAUCACGGUUGAUUUCGCCGUCUGGCUAUCACGAUGAAGUUCAACAUCGGUCUUGGUUUUCCUGGAAAAGAAUACCUCGACGCUGGGUGAAGAUGCUUCCUUUCCUUGUCUUAGUAUGUUUCUUCUCCCUCGGUCUCGGGGUGAAUAUAAAUCGAAGAGACAAAACCUUUGAACAAGGCGAGAAUGUGCAAGAUCUCGGAAAUGACCAGGCCAUAAGCCGGUUUCCUCCUACUCGUCAGACACAGCAACAUACACAUGAUCCCACUAUUCUGCGUGUUGGCGAUGAGUAUUAUCUGUACCAAGUCGGAGAACACAUCCUCAUCCACACUGCUACAAGUAUGGCCGGUCCGUGGAAGCGUGUUGGCAGUGUUCUGGAUGCUAAGAGUGUGAUCCCAAAGGGUGAUCGUGCCGCACCCUGGGCCCCGGCCGUUAUCGCCGUCGAUGGCACAUAUUAUUGCUAUUACAGUGUUAGCAAGGCCGGCUGCCGUGACAGCGCUGUUGGAGUGGCCACUUCUAACUCUCCCGGACCGGGGAAUUGGUAUGAUCAUGGCGCUGUCAUCGAGACGGGCACAGGCAACGGAUCGGAUAUCUACCCUUACACUGCGUCAAAUGCAAUCGACCCUAGCACGUUGGUCACUCCCGAUGGACAUGCCUAUUUGACGUUUGGAAGCUACUGGAAUGGAAUCUUCCAAAUUCCACUGAGCAAGGACCUCCUCUCUCCAUCUAGCACCACCGAACCCGAUGAGCGUCGACUAGCCUGGGAGCCCGAAUCACUCGGCUCGCCGAAUCGCAUGGCCAACAACAUCUGUGGUGACUCGAGCGGUCCCCAUCCCAUCGAGGGUGCUUUCAUCUCCUACAAUGAUGGAUGGUACUAUCUCUGGUUUAGCCAUGGAUUCUGCUGCAAUCUCAAACAGGAUAAUCUACCACCCGCUGGUCAAGAGUAUUCCAUCCGUGUUGGGCGCUCUCACAGUCCCCGUGGGCCAUUCACAGACAAGGCUGGUACGGAUCUUGUCAAAGGCGGCGGUGAACUUGUAUACGGCUCGAAUGGAGAAACCUAUGCCCCAGGCGGGCAAGCUGUGAUCCGUGAUGGCGAUACCGAUGUGCUCUAUUACCACUAUUUGAACACGUCCGUUGGCAUUGCAUUCCAGGACGCUUUCCUUGGAUUCAAUCCUCUCAAAUAUGUUGAUGGAUGGCCCAUAGCUCAGGGAUAA